UAGGUUGUAUGGGCAUUGUUCCCUUUGCUUUCCCUAAAAAGGAAGAACGUUAGAAAAAUAAAGUCUUUUAGUUUUAGGUUAGGAUAAAAAUGGGCUUUUAUUUCAUAAACACGAGUUUUUUAAUGUGAGUGAGCAAACAAAAACAAAAUGGUACGUCAUAAUAAUCAAUUACCUAAUAAUUUAACUCAGUUGCAAAAUUUGAUCAAAAGGGAUCCGGCAUCAUAUAAAGAAGAAUUUCAUCAACAGCUUGCACAUUUUGAAACUACCUUGGAGAUAUUCAACUUAAAUCCUGCUCUAUAUAACAAGAAGCUCGAUGAACAGGCUAUGUUUUUGGCUCAAGUUGCAAAAUGUUACCCGAACGAAAUGAAAUUAUUUCCUCAAAAAAUCGUAGAUGUCUUAAAAACUCAUAAUACUAUUUUACACAAUGAUAUGCGACUUGCUUUAUGCAAAUGCCUUAUAUUAUUAAGAAACAAAAAUUAUAUAACACCAUUUGAUCUGAUAGAGCUGUUUUUCCUGUUGCUAAAAUGCCAAGAUAAAUAUUUGAGAGAAUUUUUAAAAACACAUAUCAUCACAGACAUAAAAAACAUAAAUAUGAAGCAGAAGGACAUGAAAUUUAAUGCAACUCUGCAAAAUUUUAUUUUUUCUAUGUUGCGAGACACUGAUGCAAAAGUAGCAAAAUUGUCUAUUGAUAUUCUGAUUGAGCUUUACCAAAAAAAUAUUUGGAAUGAUCAUAAAACUGUAAAUAUCAUAGGUGAUAUUGGUUGCUUUUCAAAGGUGACUAAGGUUAUGGUAGCAUCUCUCAAAUUCUUUUUGGGUAAAGAUGAAGAGGAAGAAUCAAAAGAUUCUGAUAGUGAUAAUGAGAUAGAUCCAAGAGACACCAUGAUUUCAAAUAAAUUUAAUAAGAAAACAAGAAAAAGGGAAAAAAUGGUUGACAAAGUAAAGAAAAUAGCCAAAAAGAUCAAAAAGAAGAAGCAAAAAGCUCCUUCUUUUAAUUUUUCAGCUUUACAUUUGAUAAAUAAUCCACAAGGUUUUGCUGAGAAAUUAUUUAAGCAAAUGGAAUCAUGUAAUGAAAGAUUUGAAGUAAAAUUAAUGUCACUUGACGUCAUCUCUAGAUUGAUUGGCUUACAUAAUCUGUUUUUAUUCAAUUUUUAUCCUUUUCUGGCAAGGUUACUUAUGCCUCAUCAAAGAGAAGUUACCCGUAUUCUUCAAUUUGCUGCUCAGGCAUCCCAUGAACUUGUACCUCCAGAAGUUGUAGAACCAGUUAUGAACGCUAUUGCUAACAACUUCAUCACUGAGAGGAAUUCUACAGAUGUGAUGGCUGUAGGUUUAAAUGCAGUUAGAGAAAUAUGUGCGCGCUGUCCACUUGCAAUUAAUGAAGAUCUACUUAGGGAUUUGGUUCAAUACAAGUCUUAUAAAGAAAAGUCUGUGAUGAUGGCUGCCAGGUCACUUAUACAACUGUACCGACAAACUAUGCCUAACCUUUUACACAAAAAAGACAGAGGAAGGCCUACGGAAGCAUUGAUUGAGCUCAAGACAAAGAAGUAUGGUGAGAUGGAGACAACAAGCUAUAUUCCUGGUUCAGAAGUACUUUUGGAUAAAGAAAUUGUAAUCAAUAAGCAAAAUGUGAAGGGUAAAAAUAAAUUCAAGAAAAAUGACUCUGAUAGUGAUGAGUGGGUUGAUGUUGGAUCAUCAGAUUCAGAAUUAGAUAUUUCAGAAACAGAUAGUGAUACUGAAGAUGAUGAUGAUUCUGAGGAAGAAAAUAUUGAAAAAUCUGAUGAAGAACUUAAUGAAAAGAUUGACAUAACAAUUGCUGAUAUACCUGAUGGUAGUAGUAGUAAAGCAGGUAAUUGUAAAACUUUAAAAGGCAAAGGAAAGUUCCAAUGUCAGGAUAUUGAUGAAAAAAUAAACACUGCUAGAGAAAUUGCAAUGGACAAAAUAUUUACUGAUGAAGAUUUUAAAAGAAUAGAAGCAGCACAAAUUAAGAAGCAAAUAAGUGGCACUAAAAGAAAGAGAAAUAUUAUUGAAGAAGAAACAAAUGAAUCAGGAGAAUUAGUAAGGCUUGCAGACAUUGAAAAUAUUCAUAAGAAAAGGAAACAUGAUAAAAAUGCAAGAUUAGAAACGGUUAUGAAGGGAAGAGAAGACAGAGAUAAAUUUGGCUAUAAAGAUAGAAGAAAGAAUAUUCACUGCUCAAAAACAAAUAGAGAAAAAAAGAAGACUAAAAAUUAUCAGAUGGUAAAGCAUAAAGUAAAAGGAAAAAUCAAAAGGUCAUUCAAAGACAAACAAAUUGCUUUUCGGAAUUAUUUGAUUAAACAGAAAAAGAUGAAGUGA